AGCCGAGAGGAGAGCAGAAGGCGCCAGACUACAACAAGAUAACUCGGGCAGAGCAGGUACAACAGCAGAGAGAGGGCACAGCGCAAGGCACGGUACCAGGCAGGACAGGACAGGACUGGGCAGGAGACCAGGCAGGACAGGGUAUCAUUGCCAGGCAGCGCAGGGCAGGAGACCGAGUGAAGCAGAGAGCAGGAAGCGGGCAGACAGUAGCAGCGCCAUGUACUCCAACAGGUUGGAGGGACCCAGGAGAGGGCGAUCCUUUGAGUCUGUGAACUCCGGAAUGGACGAGAAGCACCUGAAUAACGAGAUCAACAAAUCGAAUUUCAAUAAAAUUGAAGAGAAUAAGGAGAAUAAAGAGAAUUGCAAUGUGUCUGUAGAACGGGGACGAGUUGCUGUGGUCUUCUCACUCAAAAAUGAAGUCGGCGGGCUUGCGAAAGCACUGAAACUCUUCCAGGAAAAACAUGUGAAUCUAGUUCACAUCGAGUCUCGAAAAUCUAAGCAAAGGAAUUCUGAAUUUGAGAUUUUCUUGGAUUGUGACAGUAACCGAGAACAACUCAAUGAAAUCAUCCAAAUUUUGAAAAGUCAUGUUAAUGUGGUCACCCUGAAUCCACCUGACAACUCCUAUGCACACGGUGGUGAUGUACAAAUUUAUUCCCUUAAUGUUGAUGAAAUGGAAACUCCUUGGUUUCCAAAGAAGAUUUCUGAUCUGGACAAAUGUGCGAACCGGGUGCUAAUGUAUGGCUCAGACCUGGAUGCAGAUCAUCCGGGAUUCAAAGACAAUGUCUACCGAAAAAGGAGAAAAUACUUUGCAGAUCUGGCCAUGGCCUACAAACAUGGUGAGCCUAUUCCACGGGUGGAAUUCACAGAGGAAGAAGUGAAGACUUGGGGCACAGUUUUCCGAGAGCUGACCAAGCUGUAUCCAACCCAUGCCUGCAGAGAAUAUUUGAAGAAUUUGCCUCUGCUGACAAAGUAUUGUGGCUAUAGGGAGGAUAAUAUUCCGCAGUUGGAGGAUGUAUCCAGGUUCCUAAAAGAAAGGACUGGAUUCACUAUACGACCAGUAGCUGGUUAUCUGUCUCCCCGAGAUUUCCUGGCUGGUCUGGCAUUUCGGGUGUUCCACUGUACUCAAUAUGUGAGACACAGCUCAGAUCCCCUCUACACCCCUGAACCUGACACAUGCCACGAGAUGAUGGGACACGUUCCUCUUCUGGCUGAACCGAGUUUUGCUCAGUUUUCCCAGGAGAUUGGCUUGGCUUCUCUGGGAGCUUCUGAUGAAGCAGUUCAGAAACUAGCCACAUGCUAUUUUUUUACUGUGGAAUUUGGUUUGUGUAAGCAAGAUGGCCAACUCAGAGUCUAUGGAGCUGGUCUACUAUCUUCUGUCAGUGAACUGAAGUACUCACUCUCAGGAAAUUCCAAAGUGAAGCCUUUCGAUCCAAAAGUCACUUGCAAGCAGGAGUGUCUCAUCACUACAUUCCAAGAUGUCUACUUUGUUUCAGAAAGUUUUGAAGAUGCCAAAGAGAAGAUGAGGGAAUUUGCAAAGACCAUCAAGCGCCCAUUCGGUGUGAGGUACAAUCCAUACACACAGACUGUGGACGUUCUGAAGGACACCAAGAGCAUUACAAACGUUGUGAGGGAACUUCGACAGGAGCUUGAUAUUGUUUCAGAUGCCCUCAGCAGGAUCAACAAGCAAUUUGGCAUCUAACCCCAGCCUGUCGCUGCCUCGAUCCCUUACCCCUGUUGCAAACUCAUACCUGGUUGUUAUUCUUAAGGCAUGAUUAGAUAAUACCCUGAACAAUUAACUAACCAUUAACCUGCAAAAUUACAGCUUGUGAUAGCAUCUUUAAAAAACAGACUGUAUCAGAAUGCCUUGGUUUUGAAGCAAU